UCUACACUGAUAGCCAACAAGACUAAAGAGAUAAAGAACACUGACCUGGUGGAUGCGUGUACAGAGACACACACACACACACACUUAUCCAAUGUCUCCGUUAUCCUCCAUUGAAAGUAUAUUAACAGUCCCUUUUCAUUAGUUUGUUGCGCGGUAUUCUUUUAGAAAAUAAAUUGGUUCCAGCAUCAAUCAUUCAAAUGUUGUAUAACAAGGACUGGAUGUUUUAUUUGAGUGCUCAGUUUAAUUUAGACUGGUUUAUUUGGAUGCAGCAGAGCAGUUUGGGUUCAGAGAGAGUUCACUGAGAGACUCAGCUCUGUGUUCCUCCAUGUCCCAUGGGUACAACACUCAGGACGCCACCUGUCAGAUAAAGACUACAGGCACUAUUUAGUCUAACUCAAUCUAACUCAAUUUAACUCAAACUACAGGUUUCAUGAACAAAAUAAAUAAUUAUUUGUGUGCUGCAUGUUUACAUGUUCGCUCACACCUACUGUAUGUACUUAAUAAAAUUAUGUUUACAUUGAGACAAAAUGAACACUGAGUGUACAAAACAUUAAUAUUGAGUUGUACCCCCACAAUUCUGCCCUCAGAACAGCCUCAAUUUGUCGAGGCAUGGACUCUACAAGGUGUCGAAAGCAUUCCUCAGGGAUGCUGAACCAUGUUGACUCCAAUGCUUCCCACAGUCAAGUUGGCUGGAUGUCCUUUGGGUGGUGGACCAUUCUUGAUACACACAGGAAGCUGUUGAGCGUGAAAAACCCAGCAGUGCUGCAGUUAUUGCUACAAACCGCUGCGCCUAGCACCUACUACCAUACCCCGUUCAAAGGCACUUAAAUAUUUUGUCUUGCCCAUUCACCCUCUGAAUGGCACACAUACGCAAUCCAUGUCUUAAUUGUCUCAAGGCUUAGAAAUCCUUCUUUAACCUGUCUCCUCCCCUUCACCUACACUCAUUGAAGUUGAUUUAACAGGUAUCAUAACUUUCACCUGCAUUCACCUGGUCAAUCUAUGUAAUGGUGUUCAUAAUGUUGUGUACACAGUGUAGAUUCUUCCCUAUGAGAACCCAUAAUACCAACCCACAAUGAGUGUAAUGUAUUCUUUAAUGAGUAAGACGUAGCCCACUGAGUAUUAAGACUGAUGAGGGCCAGUCUCAGACUAUUCAAAAGCACCAGAGAGACUUUGAUUACUGGGCUGAAUAAACAACUUCAGUUUGGGGUUGGACCCAAAUAUGGUGAUUUAAUACUUAUGGUCAAGUCAAAAGUCAUUGAAGCGUUCCUUUGGCAGUGGUUUGGUUCAUGCCUCUCUCUCAUCCCGUGAUCUGGCAAGUCACAGUGGCUGCUAGCGUCCUGUUUCUGACCUAUUUUAGGAUACUGUUCCACUCUACCCAUUGAUGAUCGUGAUGAUGAUGGAUUGGAUUUACAGUAAAUACAUAGCUAGCACUUUUCCAAGUGCUCAAAGUGCUUUACAUUGUAUAGGGGAAACACCUUAUCCACCACCAAUGGAAGAGGAGUUCAACCUCUUGGCACCCCCUCAUCAUCACACUGGAGCUGUUCUGUUUGAUUCAGCUCUAUCACCUUCAGGUCCAAUUCUGGUUGUUGUGUUUGUGUUCCCAUCUUCAGCUGUUCCAUUAGUCACUAAUAGUGGAUGUUCCAUAUUCUUAGCUGUUCCACUCCCUCCCUGCCAUUCUAUUAGCUGAUGUUCACAAUGGAGAGAUGCUGCUCCCCUCCUUCCUCCACUGAUUACACACAUUUGUACAUUUGAGUCAUUUAGCAGACGCUCUUAUCCAGAGCGACUUACCGUUAGUGAGUGCAUACAUUUUUCACACACCUUCUGUCUCUAUUGUCACUUGGCUGCAAUCUCUCCUCUUCAGGCCCAGCUUCUGCACACACACACACACACACACCACACACACACACACACACACACACACACACACACACACACACACACACACACACACACACACACACACACACACACACACAGUGACUUAAGGUCACAAAGGUAGCAGCAGGGCGGACGUGGCCUCCGUGGCUGCCACAGCGUCAGAGCUCUGCUAAGUGCUUCCAUUCAGACAAGAUUAUUACCGUAAAGAGGGAUUGGGCAGGUCUGCUUUGUCAGCUGUUGACAGAACAGAAAAAGGGGCCAUUUCAGACCAAAGCAAACAAAGGGGAGAGGAGUGAGGAAGGAGACACACAUUCAAGCAGUUAAAAUGUGUGUUCAUGGCUCUUAUCAGUAUGAAGCAGCUAGCGUCAUCACUUGGAGAUGCUGGGCCAUCGGCAGGCUACUGGAGACUGUGUCUGUUGUGAUGGUUGUGCUGGAUGUGUGGCGGCUGAGGUUUAUUUUUAAGCACUACUUCAUUUUCUCGCCUCUUCAACAGUCCACCCAUCUAGCUGUUUGUGUAUUCUCCUAUUUUCUGCAUCUCUUUUGUAAUUCCUCUAUCUGAAGAAAACCUUUUACAUUUUAGUAAUGUAGCAGACGCUCUUAUCCAGAGUGACUUACAAUUUGUGCAUUCAUAACUGGGUGAGUCAACCACAUUAUCACAAUCGUAGCAAGUACAUUUCCCCUCAAUAAAGUAGUUAUCAGCAAAGUCAGUGCCAGUAGGAUAAAACAAAUAUAUACACAAAAGUUUGGACACACCUACUCAUUCAAGGGUUGUUCUUUAUUUAUUUUUUUAUGUUUACAUUGUAGAAUAAUAGCGAAGACAUCAAAACUAUGAAAUAACACAUAUGGAAUCAUGUAGUAACAAAAACAUUGUUAAACAAAUCAAAAUAUAUUUUAUAUUUGAGAUUCUUCAAAAGUAGCCACCCUUUGCCUUGAUGACAGCUUUAAACACUCUUGGCAUUCUCUCAACCAGCUUCAUGAGGUAGUCACCUGGAAUGCAUUUCAAUUAACAGGUGUGCCUUCUUAAAAGUUAAUUUGUGGAAUUUCUUUCCUUCUUAAUGCGUUUGAGCCAAUCAGUUGUGUUGUGACAAGGUAGGGGUGGUAUACAAAAGAUAGCCCUAUUUGGUAAAAGACCAAGUCCAUAUUAUGGCAAGAACAGCUCAAAUAAGCAAACAGAAACGACAGUCCAUCAUUACUUUAAGACAUGAAUGUCAGUCAAUACGGAACAUUUCAAGAACUUUGAAAGUUUCUUCAAGUGCAGUCGCAAAAACCAUCAAGCGUUAUGAUGAAACUGGCUCUCAUGAGGACCGCCACAGGAAAGGAAGACCCAGAGUUACCUCUGCUCAGAAAUUUCAGCCCAAAUAAAUGCUUCACAGAGUUCAAGUCACAGACACAUUUCAACAUCAACUGUUCACGGUAGACUGUGUGAAUCAUGCCUUUAUGGUCGAAUUGCUGCAAAGAAACCACUACUAAAGGACACCAAUAAGAAGAAGAGACUUGCUUGGGCCAAGAAACACGAGCGGUGGAAAUCUGUCCUUUGGUCUGAUGAGUCCAAAUUUGAGAUUUUUGGUUCCAACCGCUGUGUCUUUGUGAGACGCAGAGUAGGUGAACGGAUGAUCUCCGCAUGUGUGGUUCCCACCGUUAAGCCUGGAGGAGGAGGUGUGAUGGUGGGGGGUGAGUUGCUGGUGACACUGUCAGUGAUUUAUUUAGAAUUCAAGGCACACUUAAUCAGAAUGGCUACAACAGCAUUCUGCAGCGAUAUGCCAUCCCAUCUGGUUUGCGCUUAGUGGGACCAUCAUUUGUUUUUCAACAGGACAAUGACCCAACACACCUCCAGGCUUUGUAAGUGCUAUUUGACCAAGAAGGAGAGUGAUGGAGUGCUGCAUCAGAUGACCUGGCCUCCACAAUCACCCAACCUCAACCCAAUUGAGAUGGUUUGGGAUGAGUUGGACCGCAGAGUGAAGGAAAAGCAGCCAACAAGUGCUCAGCAUAUGUGGGAACUCCUUCAAGACUGUUGGAAAAGCAUUCCUCAUAAAGCUGGUUGAGAGAAUGCCAAGAGUGUGCAAAGCUGUCAUCAAGGCAAAGGGUGGCUACUUUUAAGAAUAUAAAAUAUAUUUUGAUUUGUUUGUCACGUUGUAUACUGAUAGAAGACAGGCGCAGGAAUACGUAAUAUAUUUUUUUAUUACUCUACCCAACAUUAGGUAUGUCAUGGAAAACGACGGGGACGAAGCCUAAAACAAACACGUCUAUAUAUACCACAGGGAUGUAACCCAAACAAAAGAGCGAAGUGUAAACCUCUAAACAAUACACGGGACAAGACCCGUAAUAACAAGAGCACAAUACAUGGUACUCACGAGACCAACGGACAUGGGACAAUGGGGAACAGAGGGCACAUAUAUACACAUACUAAUCAGGGAGAAUGGGAACCAGGUGUGCGUAAUGAGACAAGACAGUCCGGGUUUGGUGGUAAUGAACCAGAUCAGUGACGCCUAGAAGACCGGUGACGUAGACCUCCGGAGCUGGUGAAUGGAAUGAGCAGCAGUACCGGGGGGAUCCGUGACAUUCUUUAACACUUUUUUGGUUACUACAUGAUUCCAUAUGUGUUAUUUCAAAGUGUUGAUGUCUUCACUAUUAUUCUACAAUGUAGAAAAUAGUAAAAAUGAAGAAAAACCCUGGAAGGAGUAGGUGUGUCCAAACCGUUGUGUGUGUGUGUGUGUGGGGUGGGGGUGGAUUCAUUUUAGGUACUCUUUGAAGAGGUAGGGUUUUAGACAUUUUCGAAAGAUGGGCAGGGACUCUGCUGUCCUAGCUUCAGGGGGAAGCUGGUUCCACCAUAGGGGUGCCUGGACAGAGAAGAGCUUGGACUGGGAUGAGCGAGAGCUGACCCCCUGUAGGGGUUAGAUGGGCCAAGAGACCAGAGGUGGCAGAAUGAAGCGCUUGUGUUGGGGUGUAGGGUUUGAGCAUAACCUGAAGGUAAGGAGGGGCAGUUCCCCUUGCUGCUCCAUAGGCAAGCACCAGGGUCUUGUAGUGGAUGCAAACUUUGACUGGAAGCCAGUGGAGUGUGCGGAGGAGCGGGGUGACAUGGGAGAACUUGGGAAGGUAGAACACCAGGCGGGCUGCGACGUUCUGGAUGAAUUGGAGGGGUUUGAUGGCACAAGCAGGGAGCCCAGCCAACAGAGAGUUGCAGUAGUCUAGACGGGAGAUGACAAGAGCCUGGAUUAGGACCUGCGCCGCUUCCUGUGUGAGUAAGGGUCUUACUCUACAGAUGUUGUAGAGCAUGAACCUGCAGGAGUGAGUCACUGCAUUGCAGAGAAUGACAUAGUGUUGUCCAGGGUCACGCCAAGGUUCUUUAGACAGUUCCCACAUCGUUGUCCCCCUAUCAUCCUCACAGGUCAAGUUGUUCUAUCUCUGUAUUACUCUAUAUUAGCUAAUCCCUGUGUGAAAAGGCUGCUUUAUAAUGAAGCCUGACUGGUUGGCUUAAUGGCUCUUUAAAGCCUGCUGCUGAAUCACAAAGCAGAGGCCUUGAAUGAUGUGGGAAUCUCUGCCAGAUACAGGGAUAUGCUCUCUGACUGGUAUUAAAAGUAAAACUCAUGCUGUUACCCUGGUAACAUUUGCAUUACGCAAUGAACAGGAGAUGACAGUUUUCUGAUGUUGACUUUGUGCUCCUUAGAUGAAUUCACUGAGAUAUGUGUUGGUGGUGGGGAAAAGUGUUGCUUUGCUUGUAGGCUGUGCUGAUAGUGUUGACAAGUCACAGCAUCGUAGGGAUCUGGUGUCUUGUGAUGUCUUUUGGAUUUGAGAUAUGUGUGUUUUGUGCCCACAAUUCUUUGUAUACAGAGGUGUAUUCUGACCACAGGCUUGUCUAGAAGUGAGAUUGAAUGCUUUCCCAGACCACGGCAGAUUGGUUUUUAAAAAGUGGAUGCCAAUUAGUCAACCCAAAACAAGUUUUCUCAGGUGUGACCAGCAUGAAAGACCAAGUAGAGGAAUGGAAUAGUUCAGAGGCUCUCCUCUCCUCAGGAUUACACAAAUCAGACUGCUUUGUUCUGGCUAUUCCUCCCGUCGCACUAAUCCAGACCUCACGUCCUGUCACCCUCUAAUCAUCUGUCUGUGUGGCUCUGCACCGCCAGGCAUGAUGGGAAAAUAGAGAUCAUGAUCAUCAAUCAUCCAAUGAAUUACAUUAAUGUUGUUUUCACAUACCUUUUAUCUGUCUAACUGGAUUAGCAACCUGUUUUCUUUCUUUCUUUCUUUUCCCCACAUCUCUGUCUGUUGUUUCUGGCAUAUUCUAACCUCUGCCACUGUAACUGAAUCCUCAUCAUUUCUCAAAUCCCUGCUCUGGGCCAGGUGAAUGAUGAGUGAUGAUCGUCCCCAGUACAGUUAAAACCUGUUGGCUCAACCAUUACUGCCUGCGUACUGCACAAUGAACCAAUCAGACUUCUUCUUCUUGAAGAGUGUUUGUUGUUGUAUUUAUUAUUCACAUCCUUGAUGUUUAAUGGCCCUCCCUCUCUCACUGUGUCUCUCUUUCUCCUCCCCCUCUCUUUCCCUCCCUCCCUCCCUCCCUCCCCACAGGAAACAGUAGAAUAUGCCUUCCUGAUCAUCUUUACAAUAGAGACCUUUCUGAAGAUCAUAGCGUAUGGUUUAGUCAUGCACCAGAACUCCUACGUAAGGAACGGAUGGAAUAUGCUGGAUUUUGUCAUUGUCAUAGUAGGGUGAGUCAUUUUGUCAUUGUCACUACUGUUUAAUGAAUGGCUCUCCCAAGACAGAGUCAUACACACACACACACACGGCACACAUAUGGAUAAGUAUGUCAGUUCCUCCUGAUGCCCAAGGUACAUCAUUACAGCCCAGUCUGGACUGCUGAAUGUGCCCUCAAGAGAAAAAGAAAAUCCUUAAGGGUUGCAAAAAGGCCACAAUAAGGUUAUUGAACCCACUUCUUAUAAAAAAGACUUACAGAUGCCGUGUCUUAAUCUGAUCAUUCUUUGUGUAUUCAAGGUUUAAAAAGGCUUCUAAAGUGAGUAAUUUCCACUUUAAAAUGUCAGACUUGAUUUGCCCUAAAGAAAAAUGUCAAUUUAUUAUAAUCCACAUAACAAUUCGCAUUUCCUGUUGCUGCAGGAUUAUUUUCCUGCUAUGUGAAACUGGCUCAAAUUAAGAUACAGUAUCUGUAAAGGAAAUAAAUAAAAAACACUUAGUGUAGUCUACUACUCUUAGCCAUAAUGCUGUGUCCUAUGUCACCUCUGGACUGGGGGGGUAUUCUUCUCAUUUUUCCUCUCAUUUUGGUGCCUUUCUGUAAUGCUAGCUCAUAGAAUUUUUAUGAUAUUAUUAUACCUUUAUUUAACUAGGCAAGUCAGUUAAGAACAAAUUCUUAUUUACAAUGACGGCCUACACCGGCCAAACCUGGACCAAUUGUGCGCCGCCCUAUGGGACUCCCAAUCACGGCCGGUUGUGAUACAGCCUGGAAUCGAACCAGGGGGUCUGUAGUGACGUCUCAAGCACUGAGAUGCAGUGCCUUAGACCGCUGCGCCACUCGGGAGCGAUAUUUUGAUAUACUCAAUAUUGACAGAAAUAAAUAUUUAUAUUGAGGAGUUUGUUUGCCACACAAACUGGGCGACAGACAGACACUCAUACAGUGCAGUGUGUUAAUCAGGGGAAACCCAAAACAGACAUUUCAUAGCGGUAGGCGCCAUGUUGUUUUUACAUGUGUUUUUAUUCAAUUCAAACAAAAUUUACACACACACACACACACACACACACACGCGCUACAGUAUGGCCCAGAAAAGACCACUAAGAUAAAUCAGAGCUCUGUCACCAGAGACCUCAGAAAGCCUUAUGACUCAGGGCUGUAUUUUUAAAUGAUGUCAUCUGUAUCUCUGUGUGUGAUCUCAGUGAUCUCUCUCUCCCCCUCCCUAUUUCCUCCCUCUCUCUCCCUCUUCCUCCCUCUCUCCCUCACUCCACAGGUUGUUCAGUGUAGUUCUGGAGGUGAUAACCAAAGAGGGCGAUGUCGGGGGCCAGGGAGGUAAACCAGGAGGCUUCGACGUCAAGGCCCUCCGAGCGUUCCGGGUGCUCCGCCCCCUCCGCCUUGUCUCAGGAGUACCCAGUGAGUCGCCAUGGCACCAGAACAUUCAAUAAAUAUAGACUCUAGAGAUCCAUCAGUAUGUAGUAAUCUCUCAUAAUGUUUCUGGUUCUAGUUCAAGCUCAAGUUUUAUUGAUACCGAUAUAGAAGUCUAUACAGGCUGAAAUCUAGGUAUGGACAUAACAUAUACAAAUACUGAAUGGAUUCCUCAUAAUAUACUCAAUGGAUAUAUUAAAUGGAUGUCCUCAUAGCUUUACACUGUCCCUGCUUCCAUCCUGUGUGUGUGUGUCUGUCUGACCAUUCUCUCUCCAUUUCUCUAGGUUUACAGGUAGUGUUGAACUCCAUCAUUAAAGCCAUGGUUCCUCUGCUCCACAUCGCUCUGCUCGUCCUCUUCGUCAUCAUCAUCUACGCCAUCAUCGGCCUCGAACUCUUCAUCGGCAAGAUGCACGCCACCUGCUACCUGGUGGGCACCGGUAAGGGCCUGCGUCUGCGUCUCGGUCCGUUACUUGAAGUUAAACUUUUUCCAGCUUUUGAUGCAUGGCCCUCUGUAGCUCAGUUGGUAGAGCAUGGCGUUUGCAACGCCAGGGUUGUGGGUUCGAUCCCCACGGGGGGCCAGUAUGAAAAAGUAUGAAAAUGUAUGCACUCACUAACUGUAAGUCGCUCUGGAUAAGAGCAUCUGCUAAAUGACUAAAAUGUAAAAUGUCAGUUCUGCAUAAAAAGACAGGCUUAGAUCGCCUGCUGCUGUGUGUCUCUGUAGUACGUCCAUGUAUGACCCCCAUUAAAAAACACUAGGCUCAAUCCGUUUUUGACGGAUGUGAAUUAUCUGUCUGUACAAACCCUAAGACUCCAGUCACUCACAAAAUGGAAAUCAGCUUUGUUUCAAUAUUUAAACGAUCUCUGCUGACUAGUACUUAUUCUAGUACUUACCCCUGAAUAUCAAUGAAUAUACAAUAAAUAUCACUUACAGUCAAUCAGAGCGAUCUGUAUGAAACAUGAAAGCUAGAUGACGUUGUACCAUUACUCCUGUAUUUUUCAUCUACAAUAAGGUGGUCUUACAGUGGGGAGCUCUCUCUCUUUGUUGGCUUGUUUGUUUGCAUCCCUGUGGUCCUUGAGAAGCAGCAGUGCAAUGCAUGGCAGCCAGGUCAGCGCAGAGUAGACCCAGAUCUCUGCUUGCUGUAAUCCGGUCCUCUAUGCUGAUGUUUGCCCUCAAGAAAAGCACUUAGCUAGGGCUCAGGCCACAUCUCAUUAUCAUGCUAUAGGAAGAGAUUAUUGAUGUAGGGAGAUGUAAGCCAUGUCAGUUGAGUUGGAUGAGUGGAACUGCAGGCGGUGAAUGUAUGUGUGAUUAUGAAUGGAAUUUACAUGCAGGGAGUUAGAGACUGUGGUGUGUGAUGGCGGAGGUGCGUGUGUGUGUGUGUGUGUGUGUGGUGUGUGUGUGUGUGUGAGCGAUAGAGAGACUCUGAUGAGCUAGUGUGCUAUGAUCAUUAUGUGUAAACAUGUACACUAUACAUACAGAAUGUGUAUCUGGAAACCAGAUUAUGUAAGCAAAACUGCAUAAAGCCACACUUUUCUGUACGUCCAAGUGCCCUUUUUCACUGGAUGUAUUUGAUAUUCUCAUAUGACAAACGCACUCUGAUAUCAUGCAUCUGAUGCCAUGCAUCAUUGUUUACUAAGUUAUUGUCCGGCAUUACAUGCUGUGCAUUACUGUUGUACAUGUUUAGUAACUUACAUUGUUCGUGUUUCUAACUACUUUCCUCCCUUUCUCUCCAUCUCUCUAUAUGCACUGAAGGUAUUCUGGCAGAGGAGGAGCCUGUUCCGUGUGCGGUGUCAGGCCAUGGGCACCAGUGCAUGAUGAAUGGGACUGUGUGUAGAGAGGGAUGGCACGGCCCCAAUGGUGGCAUCACCAACUUUGACAACUUCCUGUUUGCCAUGCUCACUGUUUUCCAGUGUAUCACCAUGGAGGGCUGGACUGAUGUUCUGUACUGGGUGAGGCUGCUUUAUGAACGACACCCAGCUAGCAACUAGCAAGCUAUCUCUACUCACAGUAACACAGAGGUUUCAACAGGGUUAGCUUAGCUUCAUCGCUAACACUGGAUGAGCUCCACUAAAAUCUCAUUUGUAGAACCUUUAUAAAAUGUCAGAAAUAAUGUACACAAACAUACUCCCCCUCCCCUCUACGAACUCCCACCUAUCUCUCCCUCUCUCCUUAACCUGUGUCUGAACCCUACCUCUCUGUCCAAUCUCUCCCUCCCUUUCUCUUUCUCUGCUUUUCUCCCUCUCUUCUUAACUUGUCCCUCACCCCUGCGUCUCUACUCCAUCACUCCCUCCUUUUCUCUCUCUGCCGAAUGACUCUCCCUCCCUCUCUAUCGGUACUGUCCUCUCUUCUUCUCGUUCAUGUAUCAGUUACCAUGGCGAUGUCAUGCUAAUGAAGCCAUGAAUGGGGUGAAGGUGACAUUGGGAGUGGAGGAGAGAUGCAGCCACUCGACAGACAUGAAAGGGAUUGAGUGAGAACUGAACACAGAGGAGGAAUGGGGAGAUGAGAUUGGCAGUUAUCCACCUCCUUUUCAAAGGUUUUUAAAUCACGGAAGCAAGCGAAAUACGGAAACUAUGGAUACAACUUCCCCCGCACUCAUGCAUUAUCAUAAUUCAUAUGUGCGCCACUAGAAACCCAGUCAAUAGCAUAUUUCUGCAUUAAUUUUGUUAACGAAAUCAACAACUGCAAUAAUACUACUAAUACAAGUUUGCAAGCUAAGACUGGGAUGGAUCCCCAAAGUAUAAGGUGGGAGUAUUCCCAAAAUCUAUUUAUGAGAGGAGACGGAAAAACAGUACCUGACCCAGCGGGUCUCACCACUGGCUAGGAUACUGAUAUGAAACCCUCUGUGGCCGUCCAUAAAGUGAGCCAAAAUAUGCACAUAUAUCAUUGAUUCUCUUGCGGUUGAUGGUCAGGCUAUGGAAAAUCUUAAAAGCUCAGAAGCCUACCAGUAUGUAAAGAGCAAUAAAGUUGGGACCGUUCUGGCGAAGUUCGUCGGAGACGAAGAUAAGUGGAUCUUACUCAAAGCCAAUGUCGAGCCGAGCCAGACUGAGGAGCCAACCCCACCAAGCAUGGGUGGUAUCUAGCAUGGAGGGAGAAGUACUGACUGCUGGUUUCACCUGCAUCGCUGUUUAGGGGAAAUCCUGUUGCCACGCCACCGCGAUAUGUGGAAGGUGAGAUUAAUACGACACUAGCUAGUUAGCUACCACUAUCUAUUUCCCCCUUGUUCCUGUAAAUUGGGAUGCAGGACACACUUUUCACUUGUUUACUUCCCAAAUGCAUCUGAACUACACCUACGGGAAGUCUUGUGGGACCAUCCGCACAUUUCUUCAGCCUCCUGAGGUUGAAGAGGUGCUGUUGCGCCUUCUUCACCACAAUGUCUGUGUGGGUGGACCAUUUCAGAUUGUCAGUGAUGUGUACUCCGAGGAACUUGAAGCUUUUCACCUUCUCCACUGCGGUCCCAUCGAUGUGGAUAGGGCCGUGCUCCCUCUGCUGUUUCCUGAAGUCCACGAUCAGCUCCUUCAUUUUGUUGACAUUGAGAGAGAGGUUAUUUUCCUGGCAACCACUCCGCCAGGGCCCUUACCACCUUCCGGUUGGCUGUCUCGUCAUUGUUGGAAAUCAGGCCUACUACUGUUGUGUCGUCUGCAAACUUGAUGAUUUGAGUUGGAGGUGUGCUUGGCCACGUAGUCAUGGGUGAACAGGGAGUACAGGAGGGGGCUGAGCACGCACCCUUGUGGGGUCCCUGUGUUGAGGAUCAGCGAAGUGAGGUGUUGUUUCCUACCUUCACCACCUGGGGGCGGCCUGUCAGGAAGUCCAGGACCCAGUUGCACAGGGCGGGGUUCAGACCCAGGGCUCCGAGCUUAAUGAUGAACUUGGAGGGUACCAUAGUGUUGAAGGCUGCGCUAUAGUCAAUGAACAGCAUUCUUACAUAGGUAUUCCUCUUGUCCAGAUGGGAUAGGGCAGUGUGCAGUGCGAUGGUGAUUGCAUCGUCUGUGGAUCUAUUGGGGCAUUAUGCAAAUUGGAGUGGGUCUAGGGUGUCAGGUAAGGUAGAGGUGAUAUGAUCCUUAACCAGCCUCUCAAAGCACUUCAUGAGGACAGUAGUGAGUGCUACGGGGUGAUAGUAAUUUAGUUCAGUUACCUUUGCUUUCUUGGGUAUAGGAACGAUGGUGGACAGCUUGAAACAAGUGGGGACAGCAGACUGGGAUAGGGAGAGUUGGAGAGGGUUUAUCUAAUGUUCCUGUGUUCGAUUUUAGCUCAUCUCGCUCUGGCUAACAUUAGUUGUUGAUCUUGUUGUUGUUCAUGUGCAUAACUGAGGGAGAGAGAGCCUACCUUUUCAUGGUUGUUUUAUCAAUAGGACUGUAAAGUUCCCAAAUGUAAGAGGACUCCCGUGGUGUUUACAUAUCUGCAGAAAUCCAUUCAGGUGUAUUUUGUGGCUUUUGGCGAAUGCGUUCUAAUGAUCUAAAGUCGUGCUGUUGCACCUGCCUGUAAACACACAGUCCAGUUCAAAGUGAAUGAUGGCAGGCCCGUGUUGCUCUGAUUGGCUAUAACUCACCAGUAUGUGUAGACUCCGGUCCUGGACAAGACAGAUGUUUUUAUUCGGUUUUAUUUACUGCAGUGUCCAUUAAUUGUCCAAAUGCAUGGCCGCUCUACUCUAAAUUGCUUUAGAAUUUUCAAAAAUGCCUUAGUAUAUGUAAUUCGCAAACAUCCUAAGAAUUUAUGAAAACGUGAAAAUAAAUAUAUCUAAGUGGUCGCUUGUCAGAUUUUUUUUUGUAAGUGUUGAAUUCAUCCUGGGGGUGUAUAUGAACAGAUUUUUUAAUAAGAUUUCAUGUUGCUUAAAUGCUGUCAGUUCCACUUUAAAUGCAACAAUGUUUCACACACUAGCUAUUUUCAAAGAGAUGGCUAACAACAGCAAGCGCACUGCAAUAAAAAAACACAGUUCCACUCACCAGAUGAUGAUAAUUUGAAACUUACAUUCUUGUUGAAAGUUAUUCUUGAAAAGGGAGAAGCUAACAAAUUAGCAACAACAUCCUCUUUGAUAACACCUGCUGAAGCCGCUGCAAACUAGCCGACAACAAAAGCUAGCUAGCUAGACUGUGGGAAAACUACUGCUCGCUAUUGCACAAUGACCUGUUGGCCUUCAAGAAGGCAUAAGUUUCCAGACGUUUUUGUAAAAACGGUCCCACUCAUUAAGUCAAAAUGUGAUUGGUUAAUUCCACUGUCACUCCAAAAUGUUCCCUAAUACAGUUGAAUGGCAGAUGCCUUUAUCUAGCUUCUGAUGGCCUAGCCAAUGGCUGACUUAGCUAGCUAGAUUUAUCUCCCCAGUCUCUUCAGUGUUAACCCUUUCCCUUCUAACAAAAACUGAAGAGAUUAAAUCAGAACAUCAUUGAAAAUAAUAAUAUAAUUAGAAUUAUAAUAAUAAUAAUAAUAUUAUUAUUAUAAUAUUCUCUGAAGGUGUAGAAGGCCCAUUGUUCCACACUGUGUUGGGUUAGUAAUAAUUUGGAGAGUGGCUCUAUUUUUCCUCAGCAUGCAUUUUUUCACUAUUCUGAAUGUCUAAAGAAUCCAUAUAUUCUGAAAUAUGAACACAGAAAUACUGGACAUUUUGAAAUCUUAUUAUGGUGGUGAUUUGACAAAAUUACAAUCAUGGUAUUGAAUUGCAUUUUUUCUGGUCUCGGUCUUGACUCUGUCUCGGAACCCUUGUCCCUCUCCUGGUCUCGGUCUUGACUCGGUCUCACCCCCCUCCGGUCUUGGUCUUGAAUCGGUCUCGCUUUAGGUGGUCUUGAGCACAACAAUGCUGUGCGCACCACCACCAAUUCCGCAAAAUUCAUCCACGGACACUUGUAUCCCUCCUUCCGGGGAAACAUGGCCACCAAACAUGGAAAGGAGAAUGAGAUCCAUGGCACCGGGUUUGUGCAGGCUCAGGGGUUUGAGGUGGUUCACAAAGGUCUGGUGGUGUGCCCAGAGGAGCCAUGGCUGGCAGCCAGUUCAGACGGCAUUGUAGACGACAGAGCUGCUGGAAAUAAAGUGUCCAGUGACCAACUCACUUGUCCAAUCCCUACAGGAGAGAAGAGAAGAUGUCGUUGUGAGAUAGGAGGGGGGGAUUUGUGAUGCAGUCCAAUGGGCCAAGGUGGUACUACUUACAAGUUUAGUUGUGGAUGUACUGCACCAAAACCAGUUUGUCAUGUGGACCCCAUCAGAACAGAUAAUACUUGACAUACCGUUUGACAACAAAUUCACACAGCAGCAAGUAGAAUGACUCUGAAUGUUCUACUUUGGACAUACGCUGCCUUCUUUGGUAGAUUAGUUUUCUCAGGGCAGACUGCAGCUAUGCCAGAAAUAUCUGGACAUUCUCAAGAGCUAGAUGCCAUAGAUGUGUGAUGGGGUAAAAUGACACAAUCUGCUUUGAAAGUUGUUAAUUCACGGAAAUCUCCUUCCAUUGUUUGAUUUAAUUUCUCUCUUCAAUCCGCCCUGAUAAAACACCACAGUAUUUUAUCAUGUUUAUGCCAUAAUAUAAUAUGUGUGUUCUGCAUCAAAAGCCUGCACCCUCACUAGUCUUGGAGAGAGAGAGUCACUUCAAAGAGAGAUGCCAGGGUUCAACUGUAGUUACCGGUAGAAUCGUUUCCAUCGACAAACCUAAUAGAUACGUUCGUUUUCUAUGGCAGACUGUAAUCUGUACUUCUAAUAGGGGCUAAAUGAUGAUUGAUAUACAGGGACUUAUGGAUUGUCCUCUAAACUGUGACUGUCAAUGUUGUUGUUGUUUCAGAUGAAUGAUGCCAUGGGUUCUGAGCUGCCCUGGGUCUACUUCGUCAGUCUGGUCAUCUUCGGCUCCUUCUUUGUUCUCAACCUGGUUCUGGGAGUGUUAAGCGGGUAAGAUAUCUGAGAGUUGCUAACACAUGCACAUAUGCACACACACGUAGGCAUGCAUGCACAGCCACACGCCUGCACAUACAGUUGAAGUUGGACGUUUAAAUACACUUAGGUUGGAGUCAUUAAAACUCAUUUUUCAACCACUCCACAAAUUUCUUGUUAACAAACUAUAGUUUAGGCAAGUUGGUUAGGACAUCUACUUUGUGCAUGACACAAGUAAUUUUUCCAACAAUUGUUUACAGACAGAUUAUUUCACUUAAUUCACUGUAUCACAAUUCCAGUGGAUCAGAAGUUUACAUACACUAAGUUGACUGUGCCUUUAAACAGCUUGGAAAAUAUCAGAAAAUGAUGUCAUGGCUUUAGAAGCUUCUGAUAGGCUAAUUGACAUCAUUUGAGUCAAUUGGAGGUGUACCGGUGGAUGUAUUUCAAGGCCUACCUUCAAACUCAGUGCCUCUUUGCUUAACAUCAUGGGAAAAUCAAAAGAAAUCAGCCAAGACCUCAGAAAAAAAGAAAGAAAUUGUAGACCUCCACAAGUCUGGUUCAUCCUUGGGAGCAAUUUCCAAACGCCUGAAGGUACCACGUUCAUCUGUACAAACAAUAGUACGCAAGUAUAAACACCAUAGGACCACGCAGCCGUCAUACCGCUCAGAAAGAAGACGCGUUCUGUCUCCUAGAGAUGAACAUACUUUGGUGUGAAAAGUGCAAAUCAAUCCCACAACAACAGCAAAGGACCUUGUGAAGAUGCUGGAGGAAACAGGUACAAAAGUAUCUAUAUCCACAGUAAAACGAGUCCUAUAUCGACAUAACCUGAAAGGCCGCUCAGCAAGGAAGAAGCCACUGCUCCAAAACCGCCAUAAAAAAGACAAAUGACCCCAAGCAUACUUCCAAAGUUGUGGCAAAAUGGCUUAAGGACAACAAAGUCAAGGUAUUGGAGUGGCCAUCACAAAGCCCUGACCUCAAUCCUAUAGAACAUGUGUGGGCAGAACUGAAAAAGCUUGUGCGAGCAAGGAGGCCUACAAACCUGACUCAGUUACACCAGCUCUGUCAGGAGGAAUGGGCCAAAAUUCACCUAACUUAUUGUGUGAAGCUUGUGGAAGGCUACCCGAAACGUUUGACCCAAGUUAAACAAUUUAAAGGCAAUGCUCCCAAAUACUAAUUGAGUGUAUGUAAACUUCUGACCCACUGGGAAUGUGAUGAAAGAAAUAAAAGCUGAAAUAAAUCAUUCUCUCUACUAUUAUUCUGACAUUUAACAUUCUUAAAAUAAAGUGGUGAUCCUAACUGACCUAAGACAGGGAUUUUUUACUAUGAUUAAAUGUCAGGAAAUGUGAAAAACGGAGUUUAAAUGUAUUUGGCUAAGGUCUAUGUAAACUUCCGACUUCAACUGUAUGUACACACCCACACACACUGAGGAAAAAUAUGUCUAAGUGUGUGUGUGUCCGUCCACAGAGAGUUCUCCAAGGAGAGAGAGAAGGCCAAGGCUCGUGGAGACUUCCAGAAGCUGAGAGAGAAGCAGCAGCUGGAGGAGGAUCUGAAGGGCUACCUGGACUGGAUCACUCAGGCCGAGGACAUCGACCCUGAGAAUGAUGAGGAGGGGGACGAGGAGGGGGGCAAACGCAACCGUGAGUCCUUCUACCUCACCACCCCCUUCACAUCACAUUCCCCCCUCUUCUCCUCUACCCUGUUAGGAGCACCUGUGGUUCAGAGACAGGGACAGAGUUCUAGGUUUUAA